GGAAGCUGGUCCCUGGUAGUGCGUCAAGGGGCGGGCGGUCCCGGAAGCCAGGUGGGAGGUGAUCGUCCUGCAGGCCGCGUGACUGGGCUGUGGUCGGCUUAGCCUUGGUGGCCUUUCUCCAUUAUCCUGAGGCAUCGCAGGGCAAAUGGAAGCAUCCCGGACCUGGAAUUGAGAGUCCUGGCUUAUGGUCCUGCCCUUUCCUCUCACUUGUGGUUUGACGAGGAAUCCAGAUUGCAAACUCACGUUAAGUUAUCUGGAGACUGGCUGAGGGAUGUUAAUCAAAUCACUACUUUUCUCUGAGCCAACUUCUUCAUCUCCAAGAUGGGUAAAAUAGUACCUACUUCACAGGAUCGUGAUUGCCCAGAUCGCCAUUUAGGGCAGUAGGAAUCUUCUUUGAUUGUGGAACACUGGGCAUGAGCUUUGCCAUUGGCUGGCUGAGAAGGAGGAGGCAGAAUGUCUGCAUUGUUACACCACAGAGUUCAAACUUCAGAAGACUUUGAGUUAAGCAGUGUCAUUUACUCUGCAAAUGAUUAUGUCUUCACCUGUUCUCUAUGAUCAUCACAAACUAAUGAAACACCUCUUAGGUCUUAAGAAUUCGGGUCACACUGUUUUCUGGAUGCUCUGGCAGCUGAUACAGGACCUGUGAAAAAUGGAACCAAACUCGCUGAGGACAAAAGUCCCAGCUUUCCUAUCUGAUUUGGGGAAGGCCACCUUGAGGGGAAUCAGAAAGUGUCCCCGAUGCGGCACUUACAAUGGAACCCGGGGACUGAGCUGUAAAAAUAAGACCUGUGGAACCAUAUUCCGAUAUGGUGCGCGGAAGCAGCCUAGUGCGGAAGCUGUCAAAAUCAUAACAGGCUCUGACCUGCAAGUCUACUCAGUGCGGCAAAGAGACCGGGGCCCUGAUUACCGAUGCUUUGUGGAGCUAGGAGUUUCUGAGACGACAAUCCAGACCGUGGAUGGGACGAUCAUCACUCAACUGAGCUCUGGACGGUGUUAUGUCCCCUCAUGCCUGAAAGCUGCCACCCAGGGUGUGGUAGAAAACCAGUGCCAGCACAUCAAGCUGGCAGUGAACUGCCAAGCAGAGGCCACCCCUCUGACUCUAAAGAGCUCGGUCCUGAAUGCAAUGCAGGCCUCGCCAGAAACCAAGCAGACCAUCUGGCAGUUAGCCACAGAACCCACAGGUCCCCUUGUACAGAGGAUUACUAAAAACAUUUUGGUGGUGAAAUGUAAGGCAAGUCAGAAGCAUAGUUUAGGGUAUUUGCAUACAUCCUUCGUGCAGAAAAUCAGUGCCAAAAGCUUACCUGAGCGCCGUUUCUUCUGCUCCUGCCAGACUCUGAAAUCACACAAGUCGAAUGCCUCCAAGGAUGAGGCGGUCCAGAGAUGCAUUCAUUUCUUUGCUUGCAUCUGUGCCUUUGCCAGUGACGAGACAUUGGCUCAGGAAUUCUCAGACUUCCUAAAUUUUGAUUCCAGUGGUCUUAAGGAGAUUAUUGUGCCCCAGUUAGGUUGCCAUUCAGAAUCAACAGUAUCAGCUUGUGAGUCUACUGCCUCUAAGCCAAAGAAGAGGAAAAAGGAGGAAGUAUCUGGUGCACAGACGAACAGCUCGCUGCUGCCUCAAGAUGCAGUGAACAGUAAUCUAAGGAAAAGUGGCCUGAAAAAGCCUGUGGUUGCUUCUUCAUUAAAAAGGCAGGCCUGUGGUCAACUGUUAGAUGAGGCACAAGUGACCUUAUCCUUCCAAGACUGGCUGGCUAGUGUCACGGAACGCAUCCAUCAAACCAUGCACUAUCAGUUUGAUGGCAAACCAGAGCCACUGGUGUUCCACAUUCCUCAGUCCUUCUUUGAUGCCCUGCAACAGAGAAUAUCCAUAGGAAGUGCAAAAAAACGGCUUCCCAACUCCACCACAGCUUUUGUGCGCAAAGACGCCUUGCCACUGGGAACCUUUUCUAAAUAUACCUGGCAUAUCACAAAUAUCCUGCAAGUUAAACAAAUCUUAGAUACUCCAGAGAUGCCCUUGGAAAUCACCCGGAGUUUUAUCCAGAACCGGGAUGGGACUUAUGAGCUGUUUAAAUGCCCUAAAGUAGAAGUAGAGAGCAUAGCAGAAACCUAUGGCCGUAUAGAAAAGCAACCAGUGCUGCGACCCUUGGAACUAAAAACUUUUCUCAAAGUUGGCAACACUUCCCCAGAUCAAAAGGAGCCAACACCUUUCAUCAUUGAGUGGAUCCCAGAUAUUCUUCCCCAAUCCAAGAUUGGCGAGCUGCGGAUCAAGUUUGAGUACGGUCACCACCGGAAUGGCCAUGUGGCAGAUUACCAAGACCAGCGGCCCCCCCUGGACCAGCCCUUGGAGCUUGCACCUCUGACCACCAUUACUUUCCCUUGAGGCAAAACAAAAGAGGCUUUUGCUGCUAAAUUUGCACAUCCCAACCCUUUGACAACUUUAAAUACUAGUCAGGCACUUAGAUGGCCUUGUUCCUUAAUGAACUGCUCUUAGCUAAGACGCAGUUUCUCAACACAAUCAAUUGGAUACUGUUGAAGAAAAACUCUUUUUGUAAAUAGCCCUUUUGGUGCUGCUGUGUAUAGUCUUCAUUCUAAAUUGGGUGGUAUUUCUGGCUAGAGUUUUUAAGGAAACAAAAAGAAAACCAGCCUACCAUCUUCUUUAAACGACCCACUUUUAGAGUUUGUUUCACCCUUUUCCUAAUUCUCUGAGGUUAUUAGCAGCACUCUGCCCUACACCAACAGUGUUGAAAUGUUAAUAAUACCUUGGUUAUGGCAGAAUGUUAUUAAGGACCAUCCUGUCAGAGUUCCAGUUAUGCCAUUUUAUUCUGUUCUCAAAUAAAGCACAGUGUCACUAGUUUUUCCAAA